CUCCCUCUUUCUAUCAGCAAAUACCAGUCACCUCCGACCGAGCGUCGCAACCCAAACACCGGCGUCAACUCGCUAAAGAAUUUCUCAAUAAUCUCUUCAUCAUCAAGAUGAUUGUGAUCAGAAUACGUAGCAGAGACGGAUUAGAAAGAAUCGAAAUCGAAAACCCAAACAUCACAGUAUCACAACUCAAAACCCUAAUUGAAUCUCAACUCGAUGUCCCGAUCUCUCAACAAACAACAAUCUCAUUAAAUAAAGACUUGCUCUUAGCUAAAUCCCCUCAAGAUAAGCUACAAUUCAACGAUUUCGUCAUUAAAUAAAGACUUGUUAUGAUGGUGAAUUUUAUUUAUGAGAUGCCAGAGCAGGGGACUGAGGAGAAUUUGGUGUUGAUGAGGGAUACUGAGGAAGAGAAGAUUGUCGAAGCGAUUGCGUCAGGGUUAGGGAUGAGGAGAGUUGGGUUUAUCUUUACUCAAACAAUUGGGCAGAGCAAGAAGGAUUAUACAUUGUCGAAUUCGGAGGUUUUACAAGCUGCAGAACUACAUGGGGAGAGUGGGUUGAAGGAGUGGGUUACUGCAUUGGUGAAAUUGAAAGUGAAUGAAGAGGGUGGUGCUGAUGUACAUUUUGAAGCUUUUCAAAUGAGUGAUAUCUGUGUUAAGUUAUUCAAAGAAGGAUGGUUUGAGACUGAUUGUGGAGGGGAUUAUGAUCCAAAGGUAUCCAGGAUGAAAAAAGAGGUUGUUGUUGGUGUUAAAGAUGUUAAAGAAGUUGAUAAUGAUUUCUUCUUGGUGGUUGUAAAGAUUCUUGAUCAUCAGGGCCCCCUUUCAACAUCAUUCCCUGUUGAGAAUAGAAUUACGUCAAUUCCACCAAGAGCAUUGAAGACUCAUCUGGAUAAGGCAAAGAGCCUUCCCUUUGUGAGGCGAAUAUCAGACUUUCAUCUGCUGCUCUUACUUUCCAGGUUCUUUGAUGUUAAUUCUGAUGUUCCAGCAUUGUGCCAAUGCGUGCAGCUGCAGUCAACAGUUCCAGAAGGCUACCAACUCCUAAUCGAGUCAAUGGCGAGUGCCACUUGAUAGUAUGUUGGUAUUCUAUUUGCCUUUGUGGUUGAGAUUUGAAUUCAAACAGGGGGUGUUUGUGUUUCAUUAUAGAAUUUGUAAUUAGAAUUGGUCUGAUUGAUCAAUUGAAGUACCCCGAAGUUGACACUAGAGGUGAUACCUUAGAUUAAACUUUUUCUACCAGUAUAUCCUUUAUGAAUGCUUUUUCUUCAUUAUUCUGUUUUUGUUAUUAUCAAGUAUGCUUUUUAAUAAUUGAAUCACACAGGGUGUCUUGAUUCGUUUUCUGCUUACCUGUUCGUGAGCAGUGACGCAACCGCAACUCACCAACAUGUUAUUUUAGGUUCUCUAUUUUGAUGAGCUGAGUAUCUUGGUUUCAUCUGAGCGGUCUCAAUUAUUAUUAUGUGUGUAAAAUUAGGUUUUUGUUUUGAGUUUUUUAGAUGAUUCAUUGUGGUGUGUUUAAAGAGAGAGAGAGGGAAUGUUUGAAUUGUUACAGGGUAGGUAGGUUCUACUAAUAACCAAGGUGCACUUGGUGGUAGAGCAAGCAAAGAAGGAACGGCUGAACGUGCAAUUGUGGUAUCUCAACAACCAAAUCUAGAGAUUCAAGAAGAAGAGAUGGACGAAACAAGUGUUGCUCCAUCGGUUGCUAUUGAUAAGGGUAAAGGCAAAAUGGGGGAGAAGGAGAGCAAGAAGUAUCCACCACCACCUAAAGCAAGACAAAUAAUCGAUGCAAUGGAGUUAUUGUCUCCCAAAGCUAAUGGGAGACCUUGAGGGGAGCCAAGUUAUUAAGUACUGUCCAUUUCUUAUGGUGGAUGAUAUACUGUCAGUUUUAUAAUUGAAGGAUGCAUGCACGGCCACCUCAAGGAACCUCAUGGAAGAACCAAACCAGCACUGGAUUGGGAUGAUGAGAAUAUAUCUGCAGCAUUUUCUAACAUCACUGAUCUUGAAAAGUAGGUGGACUUGUAAGUAUAUACACUUCUCAUACCUUUAGAGAUAUAACUACACCAGUCACCGCAUAGACAGAAUGGUGCACAAAAGUUCCAUAGCAAUUAAGAUUUUGACCUAAGAGAAUUAGAGCUUUCAUAUGAGUUAUGCGUUUUAAGGUGGUAAACUGCUGCGGUGAUCAAUGCAGCAUAGCAGGCAUCUUCUAAAUGAAGGGAGCAAAUUAAUUUGGUGGUUAAGUUAGAUGAACUUGGUCGGGGCAUGAACCUACAAAAGCGGGUGGAAGUAACAUGUAGGGCUGAAGCCCUAGAACGGAGGUAGGACAGUUUGCAAUCAAAGAAAAUGUCUGCUGCUGGAGAUGAUUUUGGAUACUAUCAUAUCCAAGGAGGGUCCAGUACUGAUGAAAAUGUCACGGAAAUUAUGUCAUACAAAACCUUGAAUGUCUGCUUCAGAUUCCAGAGCAGAUAUUCAUUGACGCAACUGUAGAAUUCUCGUAAAAGAGAAGUUUAAAACAUGGAAGAAGCAUUUCUUCCCAAGUUACCGCGAUGCUUAUAUGUCUUUAAGUGUUGCUGCUAUCUUCUCUCCAUAUGAUUAGAGCUUCUUAAGUGGGAUCCUCUCCAUGAUGAAUCUAACUUCAUAUCCUCGCAUUUACAGUUAUUAGUAUAAUUGAAUCUAACUAAGCGCAGACAUGUUUUAUUUCUUGUAUUUGUAUUUGAUUAUGUAUUUCCAGAACAUGGAGGUGACUUUUAGCCUGGAUGAUGCUGGUGCUAAUCAUGUACCAGGAGUCAGGAUACUAAGAGGAGCAACCCCAAAUAUAGAGGGGCAAACUUCUGUUUAGAUGAAGUUGGGUCCUAACCAAGCAGAAAGGUAUGACGAAAAAGAAGAUGGAAAAUGUUAAGAGCAAUACUUUUGGGGUGUUUUGGAAGAAUUUCAUUCCUGAUCAAGAAAUUGGUGAUAUGCUGCUAAAUAACAGUGCUAAAGGCUAGAAGAGGGACGCUGUGAAUAGAAGAUGAAAAAACAGAAGGGAAAAAAUUCGCAGGAAGUCAAACAGAAGAAGCAGAAAGUGGUGGCAGAAGAAGCAGAAAGUGGUGACAGAUCAGUAAUGUUCGGGUUGGUGUCAUGCUUCAUCUUGUUUAUCAUCAAGUUAUUUGUUUUCGAGACUGUCUUUUUUGUAAUCACAGUUUCUUUUUACGUUAUCUUCUAUUAGAAUUUAGAAAGAUUGGUUUCAUUUAGAGAGAGUUAAUGUAUGUUUGGAAACUAGGGAUCACAAAACCCCAUUUGUAAUUUAUA